AGCCGGAAGUGUACAGUUGAAGCUUCCCCGGAGGAGGGGAUGGAAGUGGACUGCAAACCAGAGGAUUCGUCAAAAUCAGCAUACGAAGAACGCUGUGUGGACCUUGGAGACGUCAAAGAUAUGAGACUAGAGGCAGAGGCAGUGGUGAAUGAUGUGCUCUUCGCCGUAGCUGAUAUGUUCGUUUCGCAAAGUUUGGACAACGCCCUGGAUGUGGCUUACAUAAAUGUGGAGACAAGAGAGGGUAACCGUUACUGCUUAGAGCUAACUGAAGCUGGUUUAAGGGUGGUUGGCUAUGCGUUCGAUCAGGUCGAUGGGGGUUUGAACACACAAUAUCAUGAGACUGCUUACUCACUCCUGGACUCCCUCAGUCCUGGUUACAGAGAAGCCUUUGGGAAUGCUCUGCUUCAACGACUGGAGAAGCUCAAACAGAACGGACAAUAAAAAGGUCCAUCUGAAACUCUGGACACGUUUGCUCUGCAACACCAUUUUUGAUGAUUAUCAGCUUCUGCCUAAAGUGUAACUUUAAGCGUCAGUGGUAUUCAUUCAUUGUCUCGGGGAGUCGUCUACUGUCAGUACUUAAGUUUUUUUCCCCUGAACUAAAACACACCUGGCUAUGUAAUACUUACAUAAUGACUGAUAUUUAGUAGGCACAUAUAAUAUUGUUUCCCAAAGUCUGUAAUGUGACUUUCUAAGAGUUAGUUUCCAUACCCUCUAUGUUUUGCUGUCAUAAUUGAACCACUGAGUGGUCCUCCCUUUGUAAUAACUCCAGGCUCUCCAAAUCCAUUAAGUCAUACACAGUUAUAUGUUC